UAACACAGCUACAGCAAGUAUAAGAAAAAUGCCAAGGAACUGGCCUUUGACUGGAGCUGAGGGGCCUGAUCCUGUUCCUGCCAGGACUUUUCCCAUCAGUUUUGCUGGGAGCAAGUUGGGGCCUCGGGCUUCACAGGCUUAAGGGAACAUUAUUUUCAGCACUUCCCUAUUAAUUCGAGGUUGCAGGAAAUUACUGAUCUAGACGCAGUAAGAUACUUUGCUCCACUGACCCACUUUUGGAGGACACGAGUGCUGCAGGCGGCUCUGGGGCAGCGCCGGCGCGCACAGACGAUUUCAGUCAGCGGGACUCCCUGGACUGGUCCUGUUCCCACUGAUCAGCUCCCUCUGGGGCGUCUGCGAAAUUCCUCGGCCUUCUCGGAGAAACAGAAACCCUUCAGAGCCCCCGCUGACAGCACAGCAGCUCGGAACGUGUCCUCUGCUACAGCCCAAGCAGCCGACACAGCCAGAGCCCUGUGCUGAGCCGCAGGGAACCGACGGCUCAGCCCGGCCCGGCUCAACCCAUCCCGGCUCAGCCAUUCCCGGAUCAGCCCGGCCCGGCUCAGCCCGGGGCAGCAUGAGUUGGCCUCAGCAGAGCUGAGCGGGUGACCCGAGGUGUUUCUGCACAGCGCUGCCUUAUGCCGUGUUGAUCCUUUCUGCUUCUCGUCACCUCUGGCACGGCUGUGGUUACUUGGGCGUUUUUUAAAAUCUGGUGCACAAACUGAGCCAUUCAGAAAGACCUUAAAAGAAGAACAUUUAUGGAGGAGAUGCUGCAUAAACACAUAUAAACACUUCUCAAUGUUUAAAGGAGAGAGUGUUUCUUCAGCCAGCAUGUCUUAAAAAAGCAGAUGAAUUUAAUUAUUUCCUGAAGAUUUUAGUGAAUAUUUUCAUUUUACAAGACAGAUGAGAAGGGCUAGACAAAACAACAAAGUAUGGGAAAACAGCUUAAAUUUCCCAAGUUAACACAGCAAAUUUUUUAGUGCUGCCAAUUAAGCAACUGCAGGCAAACAAGAAGGGGGGCAAACAGUGCUUAUGAUUAAAUAAUCGUCUAGUGAAGUAAGUGCUAUAACUGCCUCAAAGCAACCUUUCUGAUUUGGAAAAAGUAGUAUCAGCCCUUAAGAUUUCUCUGCAUAAAGACAGUAUAGAAAAGCAGGGAAAUUGUAACAGCAAACCACGCAGAAUGUAAUACAGCUUUCUCCACACUCACACUCACAAAUCCAGAGUGUCACCAGCAUCUCUCGGUCUUCUGGCAGAACUGAGGGGUCUGAAGAUGGCAGCACUAGAGAAAGCCACUGGCGACGUUGUGCUCAAGUUUGAACCGUUUGUCCUUCAUGUGCUGUGUGAAGAGCUGCAGGACGCACAGCUUCUGCAUUCAGUGGCUGUCAAUUCGGGGUUCAGGAACUCUGGUAUUACAGUUGGCAAAGGAGGAAAAAUUAUGAUGGCUGUCCGGAGUACUCAUUGCUUAGAAGUUCCACUGAGCCACAAGGGGAAACUGAUGGUCUCAGAAGAAUACAUUGAAUUUCUGAUACACGUGGCUAAUCAGAAAAUGGAAGAAAACAUAAGGAGGAUUGACAGAUUCCACAGAAGCCUGGAGCUGGCCCUGAAGCCUGCGGCCGGGGCGAGCAGCCCCCCUCCGGGGCAGGCGGAGACCCACCGCCCCGUGUACCGCCGCAGGAGGAAGAGAAGGGCCGAGCCGGAGCGAGACGCACACGCAGCUCCGGAGGGUCACGGGCAGGAGCCGGAGCCUGAGAGUGACACAGAAAGCAGUCUGGGUAUCUUUGCUGACAUGACGAUAUAGACUAAGGCAUUUGAAAGCAAAUGGCCAACUGAAUGAAUAGUAAUUGUGAUGCUCUUUGUAAGAGAUACAAAUACUGCUCUGUUCUAAGUAGUAACGCUCGCUCUCAUGGACACUUAUCAGAAAAAAAAAAGGUAACUAAACAGAAUUGUGAGCAGGUGUACUGCUGCAGAAGCACAGAAUAAAACCUUAGGAUGUUUUGAGGGUUUUGCAGCAGCA